AUGGUCAACAUGACAUGUCCGGUCAUCCCGGAUAAGCCCGAAGAUCCUAAACCUUUCUUUCAAAAUGGUCAAAUCGACUUUAAAGCUCACGAUGUCGGCUGGCUCAUCUGCGGUAUCAUGGCGCUCAUCGCCACCAUUUCUUCCGUUUGGCUCAUCUGGAAGCAUCUCACCUACUACACCUGUCCACCGCAACAGCGACACAUUGUUCGCCUCCUCGUCAUGGUACCCAUCUACGCAAUUGUGUCGUUCAUGUCCUACCUCUUCUACGAAGAAGCGCUCUAUUACCAGACGAUUCGCGACUGCUAUGAAGCGGUUCUUGUUACUUCAUUCUUCUACCUCAUCCUCGCCUACACUGGUGACACCCGUGCGGAACAGCAUGCCGUGUUUCGUAACAUCGAAGUCAAAGAUCGAUUCUGGGUCUGGCCAUUGGGGUCGUGGAAGUAUAAGCCUGACGGUCUCCAUUUCUUGUGGCUCAUGAAGAUCUACGUACUGCAGUACGCCAUCAUUCGACCGUUGUGCACCUUUAUCGCCGUGGGCACAGAGUACUUUGGCUACUACUGCCUUCACAGUUGGAUGCCAUGGUUUACGCACGUAUGGUGCGCCUUAUUCAUCAGCGUCUCGGUCACGCUAGCCAUGUACUGCCUCAUUCAGCUCUACAUGCCAGUCAAGAAGCUCGUGGAUCCGUACAAGCCCAUUCUCAAGUUUCUCUCGAUCAAGACGAUCGUCUUUCUCACCUUUUGGCAAGAUGUACUGCUCUCUUUUCUCGUCAGCUUUGGAGCCAUCAAGGAGACUGAAUAUUUUACAGCAGAACAGAUCCAAGCAGGAAUUAAUGCCUUACUCCAAUGCUUCUGGAUGCUACUUUUUGGAUUCAUACACAUCAAAGCUUUCAGCUAUCUUCCAUACAGGCCCGAGGACCGCUCACGGACAACACGGCGUGGCAAGGCGCUUCUCGACUCACUCGAUUUCCGCGAUUGGUUCUUCGAGAUGAAGGAAAGCACUCGUUACAUCGCAGCCCGUUCCAAGGGUAGAAAUUACACGCUUGCUGAGGAUCUCAGAGCAAAACGACACGAACAUCUCUUGAAUGCUUUCGGAAAACAACGCACUGCUAAUCUCGAGAUUGAAGUUGAUAUGGAAAAAGCAGCAAUGCCUACGUUCUGGAAGAACCCCGAGGAUGCUAAGCUCUGGACGCCUACAAGUGACGUAUCGGAUUCGCCAAGAAGUAGCUACAAGCACCGUACAAAUUUGACCAUCGAAGACGUUUAUACUCCAAUUACGAAAUUGGAUGGCAGAAAUGGUGCUCGGCAAGGAAGCAGUCUAGCCGAGAAGCCGCCAACAGCGCCUGUCGCUGAUUCGCACACUCAACGAGCGGCUGAACUUGAAAGGCUCGUCGCCGAGCUCGACCUGCAGGAGGCCGAUCGAACCAUCGCUGAGACCGAGGAACACGGUUAUGACUACGAGGAUGAAAAGUAUGAACGUGCUGCUUUGAUGCGUGCGCAUCUUCCGACAUCCUUCGAGGAGAGGAAAGGUCCAAAUCAGCCAACGGUCGAGAACGAUCAACAUCCCGAGUUGACGCAGUAUCAUGUUGCCACAAUUCAGUUGGCCAACGUACCUUCGCUCACCUACGAUCAAGAUACACCGUCCUCGAAUUUGAAGGGGACGCGUGAGCUGUACGCGGUAGCAGAAGAGGAUGAGCAGUUGACACACGCCCAUCAGAGCACCAAAGUGUCACCUGGAAUUGGUGCUUUCGGAAUAGCAUCGUGGUUCGGCUGGAAUAACGACGGGAACUCGAACGAAUCGCAACAACGACAACAGCCGUCGCGGCACCUUGGAAUUGCACAUGCGAGUUCAAGUGCUGAUGGCUACCUGCGACCAGGUGAAGCAUACCACGCUGAUGUAGAACCCCAUUCUCCUGGCCAACGAGGGACCGAGUGGUGGCGAAGCUACUGGGAGCGUGUUUCCAACGCAGGCAGCCGCGAGCCGUCCGUUGCUGGCAUCGAAGAGGAAGAGGAGAAGGAGCCUCUGACUACAACUCGUUCAGUAGUCAUGCGACAGGUUGCAGCUGGUUCCUGGGGCAUCCAAAAUGUGGACCAGCACAACAGUCAGGCAAUGGCAGGAGAAAACGCUCGAACCUUGCAUACUCUACCAGCGCUGACGAUCGAGACUGGCACUCCACCUUAUUGCCACGACGAUGGCCAAGGCAGCAUUGAUAGCACCACCUCUCCUUCCUCGCUCAUUAGCCCCCAUGUCGAUUCGCCGCUCUCUCGCUUGAUACAAACAUCACGCGAUUCGGUCAGUUCGCUCAAUCGUGAAGAAGUGCGAAUUCUACACCUCGAGCCUUCCUUGUCGACUCCGCUUCCGAAGAACAGUGAGAUGCCGCAAUCGGCACAGGAACAACCAUUGACCGUGACGGGUUCUAGUUUUUGCGCUGACGCACAUCCCACACCCGCACCGCGGAAUCCGUCGUUCACCGCCUCUUCCAAGCAGGCUAGCGUGAGCAGGGUCACUUCCACAACGACACGCUCAGGUGCCGCGACGACACAAAAAUCACUAACGACCCCAUCAACUGCACAGCUCGCGUCCGAGAUCUUGUCAAAUCAUGAUUCGAGGAUGAGUAGCAAACAUCCGAUCGUCUUCGCUGACGCACUCUUUGCAAACCCGUCGAAUGCCGAACAUGACACUGCCAUUCCUCCUGCAGUGACUACGAAGAAGACUUUGGCGCCGGCAGUAGGUCCAAAGGGCAAGCUCUUCAACCUGAUCCUGCCUUCGCCUCUGUCACCUGCUCGAUACCCUUAUGGGAAAGAAGGUGAUCCUUCGCAGACUACUUCCACAACUGUCGCAUCUAACGCUGCCGUUCGUCAGCAAGACGAUGCUGCAAAGCCAGAUGAAAUGCCACAACGCCAGCACGGCCGGUCCAGUGACGGCGGUAAUGGCACAGUGAAAUGGGCGAAUCAGCCAAGCAAGCCGGUUCGUUCUUCCGCCGAGCCUUCGUUCGUCAACACGAUAACCAAGCUGCCUCAAGGCAAGAGCGUUGUAACUGUCGGGAGUAUGAGUUUGGCUCAGGCCAAAGCUGCGCAGGAACAAGCGGCCGCGGAUGCUGGAGCUCAUUCUGUGCAGCUGCAGCCUACCAGUCUGAAUGGCCAACUGCUUUCGUCUACCUCCCCUGGUGCGGUGACAAGAGUGCCCAAAACUAUCCUGCUGGAGAGCAAGGCCAGCAAGUCGUACGGCAAACUUCUCCUUCCUGCGCCGUCCAGACUGGCCAACAUUGGGAUGAGUGGGGGCGAAGCCGAAGAUCCUUAUCUUGCUGGUCGCAGUGCGACCAUCGACACCACUGCAGAGCGGAAUAGACGACGAGUCAGUGAGCCUAUGCGGGGUGCAGCUUCGGGUAGUGUGGUCGCAUCUUCCUCAGCGCAAACUCGAACGUCAAUGUCGACCGCAUUUGAAGUGGGAAGCAUCGUUCCGCGUGAAGCGGUGGUGCGGGCUUCGUUGCCUUCCAAAGGACCACUGAGAGGGUAUCAUGACUCUUUCGGAUUGAGUCAGCAAAACGAAUUCAAGGGCCACAGUGGAGCAAGAGAGCAGGACUGGUCGCUGAGUCCGAUGCAAAGACACUCGUUUGCUCCCAUGACGAGUGGGCCCAGACCUGCAAUGCUUCCGUCACAUCCGAGU